AUGUUACUUAGAUACAUUGGUAAUUCAUGCCAAGUAAUGUGUAAACACGCAGUACAGAAACGUUAUUUGCAUGCUGGAAUCGUUGAUACUUCAACGACACGCAAUGGUACUGCUGCUUCUGUUAUAGAACGACCGGUAUUGCAUAGCAACAAUGUGUCAUCAUGUUCACGUACUUGUGUUCUAUUGUUGCAUCAAGGACAACCACGUACACUCUGCCAUACGAAGCAGUUCCUCGCCAAGGGCGCCCAACGUUUUUACAAGUUUCCUCUCUACUUAACCUCUCUAUUUAUCGAUGCAGUUUGGCCAUUGUGUCAGAAGGCUCAAUUCUGUGUGGCCGACUGCAAAGAAUCAGAAUCGCUGGAUAAUAUUAUGGAACGAAUGACGACAACUCUUGAAGAGUGCCUCAAUCAUUUGUUGCCUGACUUGGGGUCAUUUCAUUGUUCCCAUGCUUUUCUUCAUGAAGAGCCAUCAAUAGACAACUAUUGGCAUCAGCAAAUUCGACGCAAAAUUGACGAUUUUGAUAGUAUACUUUUCGUUGCUCCACAGAUGCGAGGCUACGCAUCAAAACAGUAUUCGCGUGAGGUGUGGUCUACGUGUCAACGUGUUAUGAAUCAACUGGAAGAUCGUUUAGCUUGGCGUACCGCAUGGUUCGGUGCUUGGGAUCAAUGGCCUUCAAGUAAUUUGUUCGAAUCAAUUCCUAUGCAGUUAUAUUUACUGCGUAGAGAUAAUAAACAACACACUUUGGUUGUACCUAUCACGUCCAUAUUCCCUGACUUCAACACUCAAGCAUUACUUCCAAGAAUUUUGCCUAAAGAAGUCAGUUUAUUAUUUCCAUUCAUUCUAUAA